AGUUAGACGGAGCAUUCCUCCGGUCCCGCAACGGGAAUUAAACACCACAGGCGGAAUAUGCAUGAAUGACUUUACUUUUCGUCUCCGAAGGGGGCUGCUCGCGACAGAGCCUCGUGUGUAAGUGAUGGCGGUGUGGUUGAACGUCUCCGAAGGUCGGCGGACCGAUGCCUGACCCCUUGGAGAUGCAAACAGCUUAUAGACGACUUUGCGGCAUUCAGACUCCAUCGUGCGCCUCGGGAGAUGACAGCUGUCGGCUGCUGCACCUGAUGUCACGUCGCGCGUGUUGAUAUUCCCUUGACAACCGCGGAUCGGACACCUAUAUUCAGGUGAUGUUUGACUGCUGUGUGCGUGCGCGUGCGUGCGUGUAAAGAUACACUGCAGACGCAAAGGUUAAGUUGAUUUUAGGAAAUUGCAUCAAAUAAACGACUGUCUAGUGUGAUGUGCGCUGUUUACUCUUCUUACAGACACAAGUUUCGUCUUUCUGAAUGAGAAUAAAGUGCACGCAGCUGGUUGACAUCAUAAUAAUUAAUAUUGCAUGGUAUGUCAAUACACCGCGCACAGGCCUGUUUGAGUGUAUCGAGGCGUAGUGACUGUCAAUAUUGGAGCGGAUUAGUGUCAGUCCAGUGUCAGGUUAGGCAGUCAGAAUAAACGACAAACUUCCGGUUUGGAAUUUCAAGUUAAAAGCCCGUUGACACGUUUCAGUGGAUAGAACAAGAAAAUUCCCAAAUGAAUCUCACAAUUUUGAGAAAAAGUAAGAAAAAAAAGUAUAAGACCAAAUUCAAGACUGAAGUCCAAACUUUGAGAGUAAAGUUGUAACAUAAUAAUAGAAAAAGUUGUUUCAUGUCUUUAAUCCUUGUUCUUAUUCAUAUUCAAGGGUGAAUGUAAAUGCAGCCUUUACUCCAGGCUGUGGCUCUUCAGGAUAUCAAUAACGCUAAGUGCAUGAAAUACAUAUGGAAAGAUUAGUGCUGUCUUGCUGUCUCCAUUCAGGGGCGACCAUGCCCAUCACGCUGCUGUGGGCCGUGGAUGUGUACGGCAGGGUGUACAGCCUUUCCACGGCUGGCCAGCGCUGGGAGCGUGCAGAUGACCUGCUGCUGGAGCUGAAGCGGGUCGCAGCGGGGAAGAGUCGCUGCUGGGGCAUCGGCUGCGACCACCGUGUUUACCUCAACGUGGUGCCCAGUGAGACCUCCAUCCGCUACCGGGAGGAGACUUAUGAAAACCAGAGGUGGAACCCGGUGGACAGCUUCACGGACACACUGCUGCCCACCGACCGCUGGCCGUGGAGCGACGUGACCGGCAUGACUCCUCAACCACUCCACAGCUUUGAACUGCCCUCCCGCAGCUGGGAGUGGGAGGGAGACUGGUAUGUGGACCAGAGCUGUGGAGAACCCAACCAGACCGGGGGAUGGGAGUAUGCAGUCGACUUCCCCGCCAACUUCUCCCCGGACAAGAAGUGGAACUCUUGUGUUCGUCGCAGGCGGUGGAUCCGCUACAGGAGAUACACAGCACAAGGCACCUGGGCAAAGAUUCCCCUGGACUAUCCCAGGAAGCCCCCGCUGCCCCUCUGUGACAUAAGCUGUGGUGGUUGGGAGAUGAGCGACCAGUCUGGAAGGUAUCCCUACCUCUGGGCCGUGUCCCAACAAGGAGAGGUGUGGUUCAGGGAGGGCAUCCACCCUCGGGUCCCAGAGGGCUCCGGAUGGGAGGAGGUAGAAGUGCCCAAGGAGGUGGCUCAGUUGUCGGCCGGCCCCGGAGACCUCCUGUGGGCAUUACUGUGGGAUGGGAACCUGCUGGUCCGUACUGGCCUCAGCCUGGACAGCCCGACUGGCAUAUCGUGGGUGGAGGUGGAAUCACCAGGAAAGGAGGUUGAAGCGCUUCAUGUGGCUGUUGGAGUUAGCGUGGUCUGGGUGGUCACUAAAGACUACAAGGUGUGGUUCAGGCGUGGCGUGAACUCCCACAACCCCUGUGGCUCCGGCUGGAUCAGCAUCGGAGGGGAGAUGAUGGUGGUGGAUGUCGGACUCAACGAGCAGGUGUGGGGGGUCGGUGAGGACCGAGGCCUGUAUUCCAGGAUGGGCGUGACGCUGUCUGAACCCAGUGGGAGCGGCUGGAUUCCUGUUUCUGCCCAAUGGGGGAAUAGUAAAGGGGUCAUCCCACCCAGGAAGAGGAGUGAGUUCGAUGACCAGCUGGCUCAGGCCUCAAAAGGCUCCCUUUUGAGCUGCACUGACUCCGACUCAGAGUUGGGUCCUCCUGAUCCACAAAACACCACUGAAGACGUCCCGGUCCUGGAGGCAGCAGCCUCCUCGGUUGUCCUUUUAGGGGGAAAUGAAACACCUCCACCUCCCCUGAAAACAGAGGACCCUCCCUCGGCCUUACAACAGGAUGCCCCCAAACCGUUUAUCCCGGCAAGCGACAGCUUCAUCAACAGCCUGGUGUCCGACCGGGACAAAACCUCCACUCCCCAACUCCCCGUCACAAAGCAAGAAGUCAAGGAGCCGUCCCCAGCUCCGAUACUCCCGACCCCCGAGACUGCAGGACACGACGUCCCCUGGAUGAAUGUGGAUUUGGAGGGAGCCGAGGCGGCUCGAUGUGCACAGGCGGCGGGGCCUUCGUCGGGCGCCCAUGGGACUCUGGGGACCGCUCAGGGUGUUGGAGAAGAGGACGCCCCGGUGUGGACCUGGAUCUCUGGUGGAGGCUGCGAUGUGGACGCAAGUUCUCAGAUCAGCUGGCUUAGUCCCACAGGUCCUCUCACCAGCUCCCUGUCUCUGACUCCAGUGCAGUCGGCAGCGUGGAGCGAGCAGCAGCAUCACAGAGAGGAGAUCAGCAAGAAACCGCUGGAGAAAAGCCACUCGGUGUGGGUGCGUAAAGGUGCGUUGCGCUGGUGGAGAGACUUGAAGCCUCAGCGCUGGGUGGAUGUGGGCGUUGCCCUUGAGCAGUCCAGCGUGUCUGAUGGCAGGAAGGACAGCAUUUUCUUUGUCUACUACACACAGUAUGAUGAGAAAAAGUACCUUAAUGUGUUGAUACAUGAAGUGACAGCGCUGGUUCCAGUGGUCAUGGACUGCCACUAUGCCUUUGCUGUGUACACCACCCAAAGGACCAAACAGAGGUGGCCUCUGAUUCUGGCAGCACAAACUGAAAAGGACAUGAAUGACUGGUUGUGCCUGUUGUCUGACUGUUGCUGUGAGUGUCGAGGGAUCACAGGACCCUCAUCCAGACAGGCCCUGUGGUCCACGACCUCAAAGGGAGACAUCAUGGUCCACGAGCCGUCCUUCUCUCUGGAAGCAUCUGCACACACACUGGCCUGUGACCUCAUGUUCUGGCGGCAGGUCCCGGGUCACCUGCGCUGUGUAGAGUCUAACAGUCUGGGGCUGGUGUGGGGCAUCGGGUGGGACGGCGCCGCCUGGGUCUACAGUGGGCGCUAUGAGCAACAGCCCAGCCCGGGAUCUGCAGUUCAGCUGCACCAGCAGACGGAUGUGAGGAGUGUCCAUGUGUAUGAGAAUCAAAGGUGGAACCCUAUGACAGGAUAUGCAGACAAAGGACUUCCUACUGACCGGCCUAUGUGGAGUGAUGAGAGCGGACUGAAGGAGUGCAGCAAAGGAAAGACACACCCGCCCUCCCCUCAGUGGUCCUGGGUGUCGGAGUGGGCUGUGGACGACAACGUCCCUGGAGGAACGGACAAAGAAGGCUGGCAGUACGCGGCAGACUUCCCCACGACGUUUCAUGGCCACAAAACCAUGAAAGACUUUGUCCGGCGCAGAAGAUGGACGAGGAAGUGUAAGAUCACAUUGAGAGGUCCAUGGCAGCAGGUCCCUCCCAUCCGCCUCAGUGACGUCUCCUUGAUGCCGUGCCUGGCUCAGAGCCGGAUGGAGCAGGUCCCCGUCUGGGCCCUCAGCGACAAGGGAGACGUCCUGUGUCGGCUGGGUGUCAGCCCCCAAAAUCCUGCGGGAAGCUCCUGGCUGCACGUCGGCACCGACCAGCCGUUUAAGUCCAUCUCUAUCGGCGGAGCAAACCAGGUGUGGGCCAUCGCAAAGGACAGAGCUGUGUUCUACCGAGGGUCGGUCUCCCCUCAGAACCCUGCAGGAGAAUGCUGGUACCACAUCCCGUCUCCCCUCAGGCAGACCCUCAGACAGCUGUCUGUUGGGAGGACCUCUGUCUUCGCUGUGGAUGAAAACGGUAACUUGUGGAUCAGACAGGGCCUCACCCCCAGCUACCCUCAGGGCUCAGCCUGGGAGCUCAUCUCGAACAACGUCACCAAGGUCUCUGUGGGACCGCUGGACCAGGUGUGGAUCAUAGCCGAGGGAGUUCCAGGCUUCUCGGCUGAGCGUCCUGGAGCCGUCUGCCACAGGCUGGGGGUGGGCCCCAUGCAGCCCGAGGGCCAGUCCUGGGACUACGGUAUAGGGGGAGGAUGGGAGCACGUCAGUGUGAGGGGGAACUCGGCAGAGGCUCCUCGCUCGCCCCCUCCUCCUCCUGCCGGACCCCCGCGCAGCCCGCUGCCCCCACGGCCUCCAACACAAGAGAACGGGAACGCUGCCGCCGCCCUGUUUGCGCCUGGAUCCACGUCGGCCUCCCCGGACCGUUCCCCCCGGGCCCCGAUCGGCCCUUCAGGUCAAGGGAAUGCACAACCACGCCCCUGACGGAUGAAUGUUACUUCCUGGCUCGUCUCCCAGGCAGAAGCCGUCAUGUCAGGAGCACAAGAGCAUUUCGUGGACCUUGAUGUGUUGUGGGACAAAUGUAGAAGUGAGUGCUAACUAGGCUUUGGGUGUUUUGGGAUCUAGCAAUAUCUUUGAUUUGUCUACAUGAUAUCCUGUGAAAACCUAAGAGGGUGAGACUGAUGAAGGGCUGCAGCGUGGCUACUAAACUAACUCGUCUUCAAACACACAAUCCCACAGUAGCCUGAAUUGUCUGUUACUAGAAUCUUGUUUUGUUUUUGUUUGGGUUGGACUGUUAUACAUGUUUAUGUGCUUUCAAUUAUUUAUUUAUUUAUUACGCAUUUGUUGAAUUUUGUUUCUCCAUGUUUGCAAUGGAGUGUUUUUCACCCAUAUUGGAUAAACCUUCUAAAUAUUGAAGGCUUUAAAAAAAAAUCUUCACACAGUGCGUUCUUAAUUACGAGCAAAUAGAGAGUAACAUGCUGAAUUCAGUCUCCAUUAAAAGUCACCUCUUUAUCCUACGGCAAUAAGUAAAGUUCUUCUCGUCUACAUAGCAGUGUUGUGAUUCCACAGCGGCUCUGAAUGUCAUCUUCUUACCAGGGUAUUGCAAAGUGGAAUAAGUCUAAAAAUAUGGAUUUUAUGUCAAGACAUCAUUUCAUCAUUGUCUGGAAAAUGAGUCGAUUGCAGUUUGUGGACGAAGAGCAGACGGGAGUUCACCUGACUUGGAUGCUUCACGAUGAAAAGUAGUUGUAUUAUGCAACGAAGGCCGCCAGCCAGAACUCAUCCAGGGUGGAGCGGUUCUCUUGUCCAGGUAUUAGUCACCUGGACAAUGACUGACCUCUGGGACACAUCGGAGGAAAACAUGCAACCUUUUGUGACAAGUUCCCCUUUUUCUGAAGAUGGCUGUGGUGGAAAGCUUCGAGUCACUAAGUUAAAUUUGGAGGACGUAACACAAUAUUUACAUUUGCAGACAUGCACAGGAACCUAUUAAACAGAUUGUGAUAAAACUUA